UUCGGCCGCUCUCCGGAGUGACCGCCGGGAUGUCCGGUCAGGAUUUGGCCUCUUCCCAGAGUGACCACUGGGAUGUCCGGUCCUUCCCGGAGUGACCGCCGGGAUGUCCGGCCGGAAUUUGGCCCUUCCCGGAGUGACCGCCGGGAUGUCCGGUUGGGAUUCGGCCGCUCUCCGGAGUGACCGCCGGGAUGUCCGGUUGGGAUUCGGCCGCUCUCCGGAGUGACCGCCAGGAUGUCCGGUUGGGAUUCGGCCGCUCUCCGGAGUGACCGCCGGGAUGUCCGGUUGGGAUUCGGCCGCUUUCCGGAGUGACCGCUGAGAUGUCCGGUCCUUUCCGGAGUGACCGCUGAGAUGUCCGGUCCUUUCCGGAGUGACCGCUGAGAUGUCCGGUCCUUCCCGGAGUGACCACCAGGAUGUCCAGUUGGAAUUCGGCCACUUUCCAGAGUGACCGCUGAGAUGUCCGGUCCUUCCCGGAGUGACCACUGGGAUGUCCAGUCCUUCCCGGAGUGACCGCCGGGAUGUCCGGUCCUUCCCAGAGUGACCGCCGGGAUGUCCGGUCCUUCCCAGAGUGACCACCAGGAUGUCCGGUCCUUCCCGGAGUGACCACCGGGAUGUCCGGUCCUUCCCAGAGUGACCGCCGGGAUGUCCGGCCGGGAUUUGGCCCCUGCGGAGGGGCUCGGACGUUGCCGGGGACGUUUGCCCAGACUUUGGCCAGGCCGGACGGACGCCCCCGGGGCGGGGCCUGGGAGGGGCUGGAAGGGGGUGAGGGUUGUCCAAGGUGGCCGGAGGGUCAUCCGAGGUGGUCCAGAGUGGCCUGAGGGUCAUCCAAGGUGGUCCAGAGUGGCCUGAGGGUCAUCCAAGGUAGUCCAGAGUGGCCUGAGGGUCAUCCAAGGUGGCCUGAGGGUCAUCCAAGGUGGUCCAGAGUGGCCUGAGGGUCAUCCAAGGUGGCCUGAGGGUCAUCCAAGGUAGUCCAGAGUGGCCUGAGGGUCAUCCAAGGUGGCCUGAGGGUCAUCCAAGGUGGUCCAGAGUGGCCUGAGGGUCAUCCAAGGUGGCCUGAGGGUCAUCCAAGGUGGUCCAAGGGUCAUUCCAGGUGGUCCAAGGGUCACUCCAGGUGGUCCAAAUGUCGUCCAUCGUGGUCCAGUGUGGCCUGAGGGUCAUCCCAGGUGGCCUGAGGCUCAUCCAAGGUGGUCCAAGGGUCAUCCAAGGUGGUCCAAGGGUCAUUCCAGGUGGUCCAGAGUGGCCUGAGGCUCAUCCAAAGUGGCCUGAGGGUCAUCCCAGGUGGUCCAAGCUCCAUUCAAGGUUGCCCAAAUUCCAUCCGAGGUUGCCCAAAUUCCAUCCCAGGUGGUCCAGGAUCCAUCCGAGGUUGCCCAAGGACCUUUCGAGGUUGCCCAAAUUCCAUCCCAGGUGGCCCAAAUUCCAUCCCAGGUUGCCCAAGCUCCACCCGAGGUUGCCCAGGGUCCAUCUGAGGUGGCCCAAACUCCAUCCAAGGUUGCCCACAUUCAAUCCCAAGUGGCCCGAAGUUCUUGCCAGGUGGCCCAAGCACCACCCAAGGUUGCCCAAAGCCCACCCGAGGUUGCCCAAGCUCCACCCGAGGUUGCCCAAAGCCCACCCGAGGUUGCCCAGGGUCCAUCUGAGGUUGCCCAGGGUCCAUCUGAGGUUGCCCAAAGCCCACCCAGGGUUGCCCAAACUCCACCCGAGGUUGCCCAAAGCCCACCCGAGGUUGCCCAGGGUCCAUCUGAGGUUGCCCAAACUCCAUCCAAGGUUGCCCAGGGUCCACCUGAGACCACCACGGCUCCUCAGACCCCCAAAAUUCCCAAAAAAAAUCCCCCAAAAAAUCCCCCAAAAUCCCAAAUCCGGCGACUCCGCCCCGAAGCACUUCCGGGGGGUGGGGGAGGGGCCUUGGACCUCCCCCUCCCCCCCCUCCCCAAAAUUUGGAAAAAAUGGGAAUUUUGAGGGAUUUUUUUUUUGGAAUUUUGGGAAUUUUGGGGGUCCCGGAGCCCUCCCAGUGCCGGAGUGGAAUUUCAUGGUACCACCGGGACCUCCCGGCUCUCUUCGCACUUUAAGACGUCCCCGAGAUCCCAACCCCGGACACAAAAAUUCCCCCCCAAAAAAGGUUCCAAAUCCCAAAUUUCCCAAUUUUGGGAGUUUUGGGGGAUUAAAAAAAAAAAAAAAAGGAAAAAAAAAAAAGUGGGAAAAAUUGAGAGAAAUGCAAAAAAAAUUGGGGAAAAAAAAAAAAAAAAUUCAAUUUUUUUUGGUUAAAAAAUGGGGUUUUUUUAAUUGAAAAAUCUGAUUUUUCCUUGGAAUUUUUAGGGGAUAAAAAGAAAAAAAAAAAGGAUGAAAAAAAAAACUUGGAAAAAUUGGGGAAAAACAACAAAAAAAUUAUUUUUUUGGUUAAGAAAUGGGUUUUUUUUUCCAUUAAAAAUCUGAUUUUUCAGCUGGAAAUUUUGGGGGGAUUUUUUGGGGGGAUUUUUUUUUUUAAAAAAGGGUGAAAAGAAAUCCAGAAAAAUUGGGGAAAAUGCAAAAAAAAUUGGGGAAAAUAUGCAAAAAAAUUCAAAUUUAAAAAAA